AUGUGGAGAAUUAUAAGUUAUUUUGUGCCCAUUCUAAUUACUAUCACGAAGCUAGGAGUUCAUGCAAAUACUUUAGUACCAUGUUUCUUCAUUUUUGGAGACUCCCUAUCAGACCCAGGCAAUAAUAACCCCCUUAAGACCAAGGCUAAAGCCAAUUAUCCUCCCUAUGGCAUUGAUUUCCCAGGCAAACGAGCCACUGGCCGUUUUUCCAAUGGAAGAACCUCCGUCGAUAUAAUUGCUGAGAAAUUAGGAUUCAACGGUUACAUUCCACCAUUUAACACUGUGAAGGAUCGAGAAAUUCUCAAAGGUGUUAAUUAUGCAUCAGGUGCAGCAGGUAUUCAACCUGAAACUGGUCGACAUUUGGGUCAGAUAAUAAGCUUCGACAUGCAGCUUCAAAAUCACAGAAAGAUAAUGUCUAAAGUAAAUGUAAUGGUCAACGGUUCAGCCCAAGCUUACUUGAAGAAAUGCUUAUACACAGUCAACAUAGGCAGCAAUGACUACAUCAACAAUUAUUACAUGCCGGAACAUUACAAUAGCAGUAGUAAACACAACCCAGAUUCGUAUGCCAACACCCUCAUUGAUCAAUAUCGUGAUAAAGUAAAGACUUUGUACCAAAAUGGAGCCAGAAAGGUGGCGAUCUUUGGAUUAGGGCCCAUAGGGUGCACCUUGGGUCAAGUAAAACGGAAUCAUCCGUGGGGUUUUUGCGUAGAUAGUAUCAACAUCGCUGUAUAUUUGUUCAACAUCAAGUUAAGGACACUUGUGGCGGAACUCAACCGAGUAUUUCAUGAUGCUAAAUUUACUUUCAUAAACAUUCAAAACAUGGUUGUUGGUCCAUUAGAAGGAGUUUUUGUGCUAAAUAGCCCAUGCUGCCAAUUAAGGGGUGACUUUAUGUGCAAAGAGUCAUCAAGCUAUUGCAAUAACAGGAACAGAUAUUAUUUUUGGGACGGGUAUCAUCCUACUGAAGCCGUGCAAAAAAUAUUUGGUGCAAGAGCUUUCCAUGCCUCGACUCCUUUAGAAGCCAAUCCCAUGGACAUCGAAUCCCUCAUUAAAUAUAACAAUAGUGGAAAAAAAAAUACUUGGUUCGGUUAAAUUGGUUUUAACGAAUGUUGAGCCAAGUCUUCUACAAAAAAUUAUUAGCAGAUAUUUUAGUUAGAUUAACUAGAUUGGAAAAGUUAGAUAGUUUAGUAAUAAUACUAGUUUUUGAACCCUUGUAUGAUGCACGAGAAUUUUUUUUUUUAUUAAGUUAUUGUUUUUAUUUCAAAUAUAUUGAAUCCAUAAUCACAUACUCCUAACAAGUUCGAUAAUUCACUGUAUACUCCCAUUGAAAAAAUAUACAGAAUACCCUUAAUGACUAAAGAAAGUUAACUUUGAAGUCAUUAAGGAUAAUUAUGUUAAUAUCCCUUAGACCCUAUAAUUAACCCCUAACUAGGGAUGAAUAGAUGAUAAUGGAUCCUGAACCAGGUCCGUAUCCGUGCACUCGGAUCUGGAUCUAAAAAUUUCAGGCCCUUUGGAUCCGGGUCCCGUCGUGAAAUCGCGGAUCUAGUUCUUAAAAAUACUAGCAUGCUGGGGGCGCUCUAAUUCCAACUCUCCAAAAGCCGAGCACAUG